AUGCCAAUAUGGUUUCUGAACGUUAUGUUACUUACACUUUUUCAUCUCCAAACUUGCCAUGAAAUUGAAGAAGAAAUCAACAUAUCUCAAUUCCCAAAUGGUUUUCUCUUUGGAACAAGCACUUCCUCUUACCAGAUUGAAGGAGCAGCGUUUGAAGAUGGUAAAGGUUUAAGCAACUGGGAUGUAUUCAGUCACACACCAGGGAUGGUAAACAAUGAUGAGAAUGGUGAUGUAGCAAUUGACCAUUAUCAUCACUAUUUGGAAGACAUUAAAUUGAUGUCAUCUCUUGGGGUAAAUGUAUAUAGAUUUUCAAUUUCUUGGACUAGGAUUCUACCUAAUGGGUUAUAUGGAGACAUAAAUCCAAUUGGGGUUAUGUUUUACAACAAUCUUAUUGAUAAUCUGCUACUUAGAGGAAUUGAGCCAUUUGUGACAAUUCACCAUCACGACUUGCCACAUGAGCUGGAAGAAAGAUACGGUGGUUGGCUCAGUCCCCUGAUUCAGAGAGAUUUUGUUCAUUUUGCUGAAAUUUGUUUUCAAAGUUUUGGAGAUAGGGUUAAGCAUUGGGUUACCAUCAACGAGCCAAACUUGGUUGCAGACUUUGCCUUUAUUAGGGGAACAUACCCUCCUUCUCACUGUUCCCCUCCUUUUGGAAACUGUGAUACCGGUAACUCUGAUGUUGAGCCUCUCCUUGUCAUGCACAAUAUGUUGCUGUCGCAUGCUAAGGCUGUUGAAUUAUACCACAAGCACUAUCAGGUAAAUCAAGGUGGAACCAUUGGCGUUGUUGUACAUACCUUCAUGUACGAACCUCUCAGAGAUGAAGAAUGUGAUAGACAGGCUGUAAGUAGGGCCUUGACUUUUGUGGUAGACUGGUUACUGAAUCCCCUAGUUUUUGGCGAGUACCCUGCUGAGAUGCGCUCUAUUCUGGGGAACCAGUUGCCGAGGUUUUCUCCAAAGGAAAAGAGUCUCCUAAGAGGAAGCUUGGACUUCAUUGGCAUCAAUAACUAUGGAGCUCUCUAUGCCAAGGAUUGCUUUCUCUCUACUUGUCCUCUCAAUUCUUCUCGACCAAUACGAGGCUUUCUGGAAACAACUGGAAUGAGAGAUGGCAUUCCGAUUGGUGGUCAGACAGGAAAUCCAAGAUUCUUUGUGGUUCCAAAGGGCAUUGAGAAGAUUGUAGACUAUAUAAAGAUUAAAUACCAUAACAUGCCCAUGUAUAUCACAGAAAAUGGAUAUUCUUCGCCACUCAACCAAACUAUGACAGUGCAUGACAUAUUACACGAUUUCAAACGGAUAGAGUAUCAUAAAGCUUACCUUGCAGCUUUGCUUAGAGCCAUAAGAAAAGGCGCAGAUGUAAGAGGAUACAUGAUAUGGUCAUUGUUUGACAACUUUGAAUGGAGUAGUGGAUAUAAUAUAAGAUUUGGACUUUAUUAUGUCGAUAGGAAUACACUUGAAAGAAUUCCCAAACUUUCUGUUCAAUGGUUUUCUAAUUUCCUCAAUAGUACUAAUGAUAGCAACAUAAAAGACUUGAACAAGAAGAAUAGAAGCAAAUAUGUGACAACUGCUGUUGUCUAA